GCGAGCUCUCACACUUGGAGCAAGUGAUUGGAGGAUAAACUGAGGAGCGCGUGUCCUUCACCUGGCUCAUCCUUCCAUCGGGAGACUUUUCUAUUCUUUUUUUUUUUCUUUCUUUUUUUUCCUUUUAAUUUUACCCCAAAUGUUUAUUCUUCAGACAAAUAAAACCCCUUUCUUAGUGUCAAGGCUGCGUUAAACCCGAGGCGUCGAAGCGCGUUUGUUAUUUCUAACAUCACUUUGAGGUCCUGUUGGUGUUUUUUUUUUUUUUUUUUUUUUUUUUUGGGAAAAGUGCGCAGGGUUUAUCCAGGAUUUGCGCCAUGGCGGAGGAGUGAGGCGCACUGUGCCAAAAUGCCUGAGAAGUGGAAUAUAAGUUUUUCUCGUCGGUCCUAUGGAAUAUAGUCCGAUUUUACACAAUCUCCAUGUUGUGCCAUCACCCCACGUGAAAAACAAACUGUUCGUCUUCUGCAUCAUGCUGUCCCUGUGGGUCUAUAUGAUCUAUUGUUGCGUGGGCUACUGUUCAACUGUGCCAAACUUGACGUACGGUUCCAUCAAAAGACACGCACACGACGCAGAAGUGGACCGCCAGGGUUCUGCGUCUGCGGGCGCGUCCAGAGAUUUACUGAAUAAUGAGAAUGAAGGAGUGGACAGCAGAGCAGAGGAGUGGGAGGAGAGCAGAGGAGAGGCCACUGACAAUAAUAAUAAUAAUAAUGCCAUGUCAGGGUUCCUCAAUGAGUCUGAAAGUAAGAGGCUGCCCCAGGCCAUCAUCAUCGGGGUGAAGAAAGGAGGAACCCGCGCACUGCUGGAGUUUCUGCGUCUGCACCCGGACAUCAGAGCGGUGGGAGCGGAGCCGCACUUCUUUGACCGCAACUAUGACAAGGGACUGGACUGGUACAGGGAAUUGAUGCCAAAGUCCUCCGAGGGUCAGCUGACCAUGGAGAAGACCCCCAGCUACUACGUCACAAAGGAAGUUCCCGCUCGGAUCUACACCAUGUCUAAAGACACAAAGUUAAUCGUAGUCGUCCGGGAUCCCGUCACCCGAGCCAUUUCCGACUACACCCAGACCCGCUCCAAGAAGCCGGACAUCCCUUCUUUUGAGAGCCUGACGUUUAAGAACACGUCGGCCGGUCUGAUCGACACCACGUGGAGCGCCGUUCAGAUCGGAAUGUACGCGAAGCACCUGGAACGCUGGCUGCAGUACUUCCCCAUGGACCAGUUACUGUUCGUGAGCGGAGAGCGGCUCAUAAGCGACCCGGCAGGUGAAAUGGCUCGCGUUCAGGACUUCCUCGGACUCCGGAGGGUGGUGACAGAGAAAUAUUUCCACUUUAACCCAACGAAGGGCUUCCCAUGCCUUAAGAGACCCGAGGGGAACAGCAAACCACAUUGUCUGGGCAAGACCAAAGGCAGGACACACCCCAGUAUUGACCCAGAGGUGGUCCAGACGCUACGGGACUUCUACAAACCUUUUAAUAGGAAAUUUUACCACAUGACCGGUCAGGACUUUGGCUGGGACUGAGAGGCAAACAUGAGACUGACUUUUUUUGGGGGGGGAGAUUUUGUUAUAUAUGUAUGUACAGUAUUUGGCAAAUAUGUAAAAAA